GCUCUGCCUCGGAUGCUCUGGUUGCGGCAGAGGCUGCCGGUUCCCCCGACUGGUAGAGAGUGCUUUGCUCCGGACCGGGAAUUCUAACUCUGGGGACUCAGAGAAGAAGGCUGAGGGGGCCCCGCACCAGAUCCCCAUCCCAGAGACGGAUACGACUGGUUUGUAAAUAUUUGAAUCAUAUUAUGGGAUUGCUAGACAGACUUUCAGGCUUGCUUGGCUUAAAGAAGAAGGAGGUUCAUGUUUUGUGCCUUGGGCUGGAUAAUAGUGGCAAAACAACAAUCAUUAACAAACUGAAACCUUCAAAUGCUCAGUCUCAAGAUGUAGUUCCAACAAUAGGAUUCAGCAUAGAGAAAUUCAGAUCAUCCAGUUUGUCUUUUACAGUAUUUGACAUGUCAGGUCAAGGAAGAUACAGAAAUCUCUGGGAACACUAUUAUAAAGAAGGACAAGCCAUUAUUUUUGUCAUUGAUAGUAGUGACAAAUUAAGAAUGGUUGUGGCCAAAGAAGAACUUGAUACUCUUUUGAGUCAUCCAGAUAUUAAACACCGUCGAAUUCCAAUCUUAUUCUUCGCAAACAAAAUGGAUCUUAGAGAUGCAGUUACAUCUGUAAAAGUGUCCCAAUUGUUGUGUCUAGAGAACAUCAAGGAUAAACCGUGGCAUAUUUGUGCUAGUGAUGCCAUAAAAGGAGAAGGAUUGCAAGAAGGUGUAGACUGGCUUCAAGAUCAGAUCCAGGCUGUGAAGACAUGAAAAGAUAGUAUUUGGAAACCUCAGCAAUUUCUAAUUCAAGGAAUACAUCUAAGGCAAAUUGAAUACUUUAAAUUUUUAAAAAUAUAUUUGUACAUCUAAGAAUACUUUAUAAUCUUCUGCUUGCAUUUAUGGACUCUGAAUGAACUUUUUAAGAACAUAGGACUUCAGAUAUGCUUAUCUGGUUAUUAUAUGAAAACUAUGUUUACCCUCAAAAGGGCUCCCUAGAAUUAUCAACUUAUUGGUAGGUGUCUACAUUUGAUUAUAAUUAGAAUGUUUAAAAGUCAGAGUUAUAAGCCAUCUCAAU